AUGGAUGACAGGAGCUGCUGUACACGCUUUUUCCACUCUUCAAUGGACACCUUCCGAGAUGGCGGUCUUCAUGGUUGGAUCACUGUGUUAGGUUUAUUUACAAUCAAGAUAGCGUGGAAUGUUAUUUCAAAAGGUCUUGGUAUGAUGUUACCAACCUUACAAGAACAGUUCCUCACUUCGACUUGGUUAAUUGGAUGGAUGUUUGCUUUGGUAGACGCAGGUAUACAAUUCUCAGGCAUCCUAGCAACUCCACUAAAAGAGAGAUUUGGCGCGAGAACCGUGGUGACAGUGAGUGGAUUGGUCGCAGGUAUCUCCAUGAUUGCUGCAUCAUUUCUACCCAGUUUAUACGCCAUUAUCGUAAUCCUUGCCGUAUUAACAGGACCGGCUGUCGGCAUCUCGUUCAUCGUAACGAAACAUCUGGUUGGAGGCUACUUCAGUCAAUCCAUCACAUUGGCCUAUGGCAUUGCGAGUUUGGGCGACUCAUUUGCAUUCGUGGCUGCUGUGCCUUUGAUACAACUCUUUCUAGAUAUCUACGGCUGGAGGGGAACUAUGCUACUACUUGGAGCUUUAUUCUUGCACCUUGCUGUCUGUGGAGCUCUAGUUAAACCAACUGCUGCAAGUUGCAGUCAUAAUGGUUAUGAGGCAGCUCACACGGACGAAGACCAAGAGGCCAUUAAGAACGACAAAGUGUCUGCGUUUGGACAAUGGUUUAUAUGUCUUGGCUAA